AUGCAUGGUCCCAAGUGGCUGGGUGCUGUGCUCUUCCUUGGGGUACAGCUCCGAGCACUGUGGCCUGUGGCAGCUGUGGAAGUUCACACUUCCAAGGAGGUGGAUGCUGUGAAUGGAACUAACCUCCGCUUAAAAUGCACCUUUUCUAGCAGCAGCCCUAUUAGCCAGCGACUGUCGGUGACCUGGAACUUCCAGCCCGAGGACCAGAGUUCUCAUGAGCCGGUAUUCUAUUAUCUCAAGGAGCCCUACAAGAUGACUACGGGGCGGUUUAAAGAGCGAGUCACCUGGGAUGGGAAUAUUCAGCGUAAUGAUGUUUCCAUCAUGAUCUGGAAUUUGCAGCCCUCUGACAAUGGGACAUUCACAUGCCAGGUGAAGAACCCACCAGAUGUUGAUGGCACAAUUGGUGAAGUGCGACUCAAAGUUGUGCAGAAAGUGCAUUUCUCAGAAAUCCACUUUCUGGCCAUGGCCAUCGGGUCGGCUUGUGUUCUGAUGAUCAUUGUGGUGAUAGUCGUGAUUUUCUGUCGACAUCAUCGGAAGAAACAGCAAGAGAAGAGGAUUGAGGUGGCAGACACAGAACUUACUGAAAAGGAGAAGCUGAAGAUUAGAGAAGAAAAGGAAGCCACUCCAUUAGAAGACUAGAGGUCUUUAACAGUAUAUACAAUGCAGGUACUUCUAAAGCAGAUGGUGAAUGCUUGUAAUUUCAGUUGUUAGGACACAGCUGA